AUGGAUUACUUGCAGCAGAUGUUUUCCCUCGAGGGCAAAACCGCCGUGGUGACCGGCGCCACCGGUGGUCUGGGGCGGUCCUUGGCCGUAGCGCUGGCCAAAGCAGGUGCCUCGCUUGUCUCAGUAGAGAUAUCAAAUGAUCCAAACAGUGCGGGCCUGGAAGCCGUGAUCAAGGAGCUCGGGUGCUCAUUUCGCAGGUUCGAGUGUGAUUUGAGCAACGCCGCCGAGGUGCGCUCUUGCUACGCCAGAAUCUGGGAAGCCGGCGUGACUCCCGACAUUCUAGUCAAUUGUGCUGGUGUUAUGAGGCGAAACCCGUGCGAAGAUGCCACUGAUGCGGAGCUGGAUCUGUUAUUUGCAAUCAAUGUGAAGGCCACUUACAUCUCAUGUCAAGAAUUUGGCCGGCAGCUGCUCGAGUUGAAUCGCCCUGGAAGAAUAAUCAACAUCGCCUCCGUUACAGCAUUCCAGGCCAACAGGAACACUAGCGUCUAUUCUUCUACCAAGGGCGCAGUAAUCCAGAUGACCAAGGCAUUCAGCAAUGAAUGGGCAAGCAAGGGAAUCCAAGUCAAUGCCAUCAGUCCUGGGUUUAUGAGGACCCCAAUGACUGAGGCCUACACUACCAACGCUGAAGUGGACGCCUAUCUUAUGGGUAGGGUCCCUGCGGCUCGAUGGGGUUUUCCCAGUGAUCUGGACCCUGCGCUGCUGUUUCUGGCCUCGCCCGCCAAUACCUUCACCACGGGCGUCUCUAUUACGGUGGAUGGAGGAUUCUGCGGGAAAUAA